AUGCAAACAACUAAUAAUAGAGCCGAAAGUGCAAGCUCCAUUGCAUCGGCUUUUGCAUCACUCUCAAAUGGAGUUACUGAACUCCCUCCAAGAUUUGUAGCACUAAAGCGAGAGCUUGUUGCAGACAAAGAGGAUGCAGUGCUAGCAGGCUGGAAUCGCCUUCUAGAACGUGUUUCUCUAGAGAAACUGCAGAAUCUCGAUACAAGCAUUAUUCCUGAAGUUGAGUUCAAAGACAUUGCAGCGAACAGCGGGAAUAUCCCUAAGGAUAUUGUCAAACGGCUUCGCGACUGCGGCACUAUUGUCAUCAGGGAUCUGGUUGAAGAAGCCCAGGCCUUGAAAUGGAAAGAGCAGAUUAGGAACUAUGUGAAUAAGAAUCCUCAAACAAAGGGGUUCCCGGUGAACGAUAUUCAAGUCUAUGAGCUCUAUUGGUCCAAAGCGCAGUUAGAGGCAAGAGCUCAUGAGAAUAUGCUCGCGGCCCAGAUUGCUCUGAAUCGGGUUUGGUCUGCUAAGCCAGAAGAUGCCGUCGAUCUUGAGGUUCCGCUCACGUACUGUGAUAGAGUUAGGAUGAGGAAGCCAGGUGAUCGCUCUUUCAACCUCGGUCCACAUCUUGAUGGUGGAUCACUCGAACGCUGGGAAGACCCUGAAUAUCGCAAGUGCUAUGCCAAAAUACUCAGUGGAGACUGGGAGAAUCAUGAUCCGUUCGAUGUGACUCAUCGCCUGAAAGCUACUGUGGACAUGUAUAAUGGUCCUGGGGGUUGCUCAGUCUUUCGAUCCUAUCAGGGAUGGCUUUCUCUCUCCGACUGUAGCCCUGGCUCUGGAACCCUGCAUGUAAUGCCCGAUCUUGUUGCAUCAACUGCCUAUACACUUAUUCGACCAUUCGUCAAACAGACCGCAAAUGGGAUUGACUGGGAACUUGGCCUUGACACGCCGCACUUUCACGGUACAGCCAUGGGUACAGGUCAAGAACUGACUACCGAAUUUCAUCCUCAUCUCAAUCCGCACGGCUUCGUAUCAAUUCCUCGUGUCCGUCCCGGCGAUGCAGUCUUUUGGCACUGCGAUGUGGCACAUAUGGUAGAAGCUGAGCAUGGCGGUAUAGCCGAUUCAAGUGUCUUGUACAUUCCAUCUGUGCCAUUAUGCGAAGUCAACAUUGCAUAUGUUAAGAGACAAAGGGAGAACUUCAUACAGGGUGUGGCUCCGCCGGAUUUCCCGGGUGGCGUGGGAGAAAGCCAGCACAGAGAAAGAGGCCAGGAUGAGGAUGUUAAAUCUAUUGCAGGAAGACGGGCAAUGGGUUUCCAGAUGUUUGAAGUUCAUGAUCGCCUUACUACAGGGCAGAGAGUCGCUGCGGAAACAGCCAAUGCCAUUUUAGGAUUCAAUUGA